AUGACAUUGACAGAACAACCAUCAACACGAAUGGUUGUAUUUCAUAAUGUCGUGUUCAAAAACGACAAUGGGUGUGAGAACGAUAAUGGGAUGAUUUCCGUUGGAUUACCAAUCAAGCAGCAACAACAACAACCGGCACAACGUGUCGAACGACCAAGUGUUCUUGUGCGUCUUUCUAAACGUCUCUCGAAUUUAUCUCACUCAACAGCUCCAACUGAAACGUUUCCACCUCUACCAUUAUCUCCGCCAAUAACAGUAGUCUCUUCAGCACCCUCAUCGUCAUUCGAACGACAAAAUUCUUCGGAAUCUGAUUUGAGUCUCUCGAAAUUAGAUAUAACUGAUGACUACUCUGGCUUAGGCGGAAAUAAAUCAUUAAAUACAUCUCAGCAAGCAAGUGAAUUAGACAUAACUGGAAGAAAAACAUCUCUUUCAACGACUAGUCAAAGGCUGACUGAAUCGUUUCGAAAUAUCUAUUCACGUUUUUCACAAAAACGUUCAAUUACGAAAACAAACACAUCCACAUCAUCAUUUGAACACGAGACAACAACAAGGAAGAAUGAAAACAAUAUUCGAUUACAACUUUCCUUUCAAUAUCACACUCAUCGACGAGAAUUUCAUGUUACAGUACACGGUGCUAGAGAUCUUCAUCUUCAACAAGGAUCAUUUGCUUGUCAAUUAUCUAUACAAUAUGGUCGAGAUUCCUUAUCAAAGGAACAAAAAUGUACGAAGCCACAAGCGUGUUCGUCUGGUGCAUGUACAUGGAAUCAACGCAUUAUCUUUUUCGACAUCAAUACACUAGAUAAUCUUUCUCUAUGGAUCAAAUUAGUCGAUCUUGACCGUAAUCAAGAAGUUCUUGGCGAAAUUUGUAUUACAUUAACUGACGCAAAUUUAAAUUUCAAUGGAAUACCAGAAUGGUACACUUUGACACCGAAAUAUACUCCGACACGGCGUCUGCCAGGCAAACGUUUUACCCAAAGUGAUAGUGAUGCAUCUGAACUCGAACAACAUGAAUCAUCAUUCAAUCGCGUUCUUCCAACUUUCCAUACGAACAAUGAAGUAUUACCAUCAAUGAUUGACACAACUCAAGCAAGCAAUCGUAAGAGACAAUUGCCAAAUAUUCCUGCAGCUCAAUUACAUGCCAAUCGAGAAAAAGUUUCGCAAGAUUUAAUUCAAAAAGCCACACAGUUAAAACUACGUCUUCAUAUGCAACAACAACGGUCACUGAAUGAAACGAAUCUGAAUGAAAAACGACAAAUGUAUGAAGAUCGGAUACAAAUAUUUAAUAACGAAGCCCACCAACUACCUCCAACGGCAACACAACGUUCAUCAUUUCAAACUAGCAAAUCCAUUGAUACUGAUUCUCCACAUCUGCAUCAAACACCAUUAGUAACGAAACCAUACGAAUCCAUGACGAAUCUGGCACAGAAAACGCCCUCAAGUACAGCAAUAGAAAAUUCCGGUUUGAAAGAAAAAACCGCUUCACGACCUCGAAUACCGAUUAUCCGAGAUAAAAGCGUGCCAAAUACACCGUAUCUCAAUCCAGCAUUAACCAGGCGUACAACAUCAGCUGGACAAAAUCGAGUUGAUUUAGAGAAAUCCAAAUUAAAAUCUUUUGAAGAAAAAUACCGAAGAAAUCCGAAAAGAAGAGAACCUUCAGAAACGCCCGGUGAUGAUGUAGAUUCCGACGGAUCGGAACUCUCCACUGUUUCCAAGAUUAGUUCAGUUAGUAUGUUAUCAACGCAAUCAGAACGGCCUCGAAACGUUCGAAAAACAGGAGCUCACACUCGCUUACAUGAACAUCAUCAUUUCCAUCGCGACGAUGAGGUUCAACUAAACGAAGAAGAACUUCGACAGAUUGCUAUGAGUACACAUGAUACAGUGAGGCAGCCACCACCAUCAACGACAGCAUCCACGGCAGCAGCAGCAGCCGCCAUCACUGCAGCAAAGCCCGAUAUGACAGCAUCAUCGACGCCGUUCAGUGAUAAACUAAUUAACUCAGCUGCAAUGUCGAAGACAGAUCCGCGUAAUGAUGGAACAUUAUCUGAUUCUGUUCUGAGUUCACAGCCUGGUGAAUCAAAUAAAAAGCGUCGUCCAUCGAUGUCAUCGAAAGCACUUGUCAUACUUGGCUUAUCAAAGAAGACAAACAGUACAUCUAAUCUUGGCUGUGGAAAACGUUUCGGUUUUCAACGCAGUGAAGAGAUCGGUGUUCAACCUCAUUUACGUAGUCGAACGUUACAAAAGCAAACGAGUAAAGAAAAUGAAACGCCAACGAGUGCACCGGCAACAGAUGUUUCUCAGUCGCCAUUGGCACUGUCUCAUCAACGUGAUCAAUAUCAUUCCAUGCCACAUGAUAUGAAAUUAUGGUCCGGUGCACUUAGAUUACCACACGAACAUCAAUUCGCUGACUUUAUCGAAGGUCUUGGUGCUGGACAGUUAGUUGGUCGACAAGUUCUUGCUUCUCCCUGUCAUGGUGAAAUCCAAGUUGGUCUUCGUGAUCAACACGGCUUACUCGAAGUGGAAAUUGUUCGGGCGAGAAAUUUACUUCAGAAAGCUCUAUACAAAAUGCCACCCGCUCCGUAUGUAAAAGUGUAUUUACUCGAUGGCAAAACUUGUGUUGAAAAACAACGUACACGAACGACACGUCGAACAUUAGAUCCAUUGAUACAACAAACAUUGAUCUUCAAAGAAAAUUAUCGGGAUAAAGUUCUACAGAUUGGUGUUUGGGGUGAUUAUGGAAAGCUAGAUCGCAAAGUCUUCAUGGGUGUUUGUCAAAUCAAUGUUGAAGAUCUCCGUUUAAGUAGUACUGCAGCUCAAGUCUUAGAUUGGUACAAACUAUUUUCUGCUAAUUCUCUGAUGAAUAAUUAUACGAUUGUCCAACAAUCACCGAAACGAAGAACUUCAACAGGAACAAAUGAUUCAAUUAGUUCUUACAAAACUAAUUUCAAAUUUUGA